GAGCUGCUAAUGCUCAGAAAACAACACUCUGAGCCUUGACUGGCUUAGACAAGACGCCGUGGACUAGAACAGCGGCCAUCACGACACGGAGCUUCUGUGUGUGGGAUGGGAAUGAUUUUGUCUGCUGUUGUUUCAUCCUGACCAAGAUUUGCUGAUGGUGGUUUCUCUCUGACUAUAUUGGAACAGGAGGGGCUGUUUCUAACCAGAUACACAAGGAGAGAUUUUUCUGCAGGGACUGUUGCAGCAGCAGCGGCAACCUCAACGUGCGAUCAAGAGGGCAUCAGGAUGGAGGCCCCUCUGGUCUGCCUGGAUGAGGAAUUCGAGGAUCUGCGGCCCUGCAAGAUGGACGAGCUCGAACCAGAGCAGCUUGCCUGCCGGCCUCACAAAACCAUUCCUCUGGCCCCGUUGUACCGUGAAGAGUUCUCAGAGCUGGAGAACUUCUCUGAGAUGAUGAGCUUCAAGUCCAUGGAGGACCUCGUCAAUGAAUUUGACGAGAAGCUGAAUGUGUGCUUCCACAAUUACAACACCAAGACAGAAGGUCUGGCCCCUGUUCGCAACCAAUCACACGCCGAGGAGGAUGAAGAGAGGCUUCAAGAUGAAGACGUGUGGGAUGCUCUGACUGACAACUACAUCCCCUCCUCUGUGUCCAGCUGGGACGACCCCACCUCAGAAACACUGAACGGCAACCUCUCAGACCAGGAGAUCCAUGAAAAAGAAGAGGAUGAGAUGAACGAGAAGAAUGACAAUGCCAACUGUUUGAGUGAAGAACCUCUUAUUACAGCUGAUCAGGUGAUUGAGGAGAUUGUGGAGAUGAUGGAAAACUCACCAGAUCCUGGAGAGACAGAGGAAGAGGAGGAGGAUGAUAUCGGGGUGUCUUCCUCUAAAAGCAGUCCCUCUCUACUGGAGGAGAUCCGCAUGCUGUCUCAGGCCUCCAACAACAACUGCUCCUAUGAAGGUCUGAGGCUGAUGCCAAGCUCGGCGCUGCUUGACAUCUUGUGUCGAAUGGAGGCGGCGAUACGAGAGUAUUCGGAGGAACUGGUGACCCAGCUGGCCCGGAGGGAUGAGCUGGAGUUUGAGAAGGAGGUGAAGAAUACCUUCAUCACAGCUCUGAUGGAGGUCCAGAACAGACAGAAGGAGCAAAGGGAGCUGAGCAAGCACAGGCGUAAGGACAAGGCCGUGAGUCUACAAGGACCUGCCCGCUCCGAGAAGACUGGGAGCAUGCCUGCAAAACGCUUCAGCAUGGAGGGUCUUUCCAACAUCCUGCAGACAGGCAUCAGACAGACCUUUGGGACCUCAGGGACAGAAAGACAGUACCUAAACACAGUCAUCCCAUAUGAGAAAAAAGGGGCUCCUCCAUCUGUGGAUGACUUGCAAAUGCUCACAAAAAUUCUUUAUGCCAUGAAAGAAGACAGUGAGAAGGUCCCGACCCUCCUGACUGACUAUAUAUUAAAAGUUCUGUGUCCUACCUAAUGUCUUGAGCGUGAUGUGCUGAUGGUGAGACUGUCUUCAUUCGUCCUCUCUCAGUUCUCCAGCCCAGCUGCAUGAGCUCCCUUAUUCAGUAUCAGCGAGGGACCCUGAACAUCUAACCAUCCUUCUCUUGCUUAUCUAAUGACCUUUGACCUUGCUCAUCUCACUGCCCUUCCUGUAUUCACAUAUCCACGAGGUUCAUACCACAGCGCCUGGUGCUUUACAUGUUUUCUACUACGUAUGUUACUACGGGCCAAAAGCCAUAUGGAACGUGUAAGGGUAACAGGUGAACGAUAAUCGGUUUAACUCUACGAUCAGGUAAUAUUUUUAUUUUUAUUUUUAAAUAUACACCUAACAUAAGGCAUUUUACAUACUACUCAGUCAUUCACAUCCGUUCUGAACACAGGUGAUGAUGAGAAGGGCAUUAUUCACAAUCUUAUUAAGGCGUAGAUGAAUUGAUUCGAGAGCACAUUUGAAAAUAAUCCAUCCAUAAUUUCUGCUUUUGCCGUUUUAGUAUUGUGGCUUCAUUUCAGCCAAUGUUGGUUGAAAAUACGGCAUGUUUUAGUGUUCUACAUUAAUGCCAAAUUAUAGGGAGAAACCUUGCUUUAGAAACCUCUUUUUGACUUUUCUUAUUUUGGGUAACCUGAGAUUUUUUUUCAUCCUAUGUAUGAAAUAUACAGUUCUACAUAAUGUGGUUUCUUUGACCAUCCAUUUGUCUAAUAAAACAUUUUUUUUUACUUAACAGAACUGUUAUUCAUGCCUUGUGCUUACAUCUUUAAUGUAUAUAUUUCUUAUUUACUAAGGGACAUGGAGGAAUGUGAAGUAUUGCUGAGUUAUAAUUCCAAUAAAUGUCAAUCCCUGUGAAA